AUGCCGCGCGCGCCCCGGUGCCGAGCUGUGCGCGCCCUGCUGCGGGGCCGCUACCGCGAGGUGCUCCCGCUGGCGACUUUCCUGCGGCGCCUGGGGCCCGAGGGCCGGCGGCUCGUGCAGCGCGGGGACCCGGCGGCCUUCCGCGCGCUGGUGGCCCAGUGCCUGGUGUGCGUGCCCUGGGACGCGCAGCCGCCCCCCGCCGCCCCGUCCUUCCGCCAGGUGUCCUGCCUGAAGGAGCUGGUGGCUAGGGUCGUGCAGAGGCUUUGUGAGCGCGGCGCGAGGAACGUCCUGUCCUUCGGCUUCGCGCUGCUGGACGGAGCCCGCGGUGGGCCGCCCGUGGCCUUCACGACCAACGUGCGCAGCUACUUGCCCAACACGGUGACUGAGACGCUGCGCGGCAGCGGCGCGUGGGGGCUGCUGCUGCGCCGCGUGGGAGACGACGUGCUCACCCACCUGCUGGCACGCUGCUCACUCUACCUGCUGGUGGCCCCGAGCUGCGCCUACCAGGUGUGCGGGCCGCCGCUCUAUGACCUCUGCACCACCGCCGCGGCUCGGCCUGUCGCGUACCCCGGCCACCGGCCCACGCGACACGCAGGCGGGACCCAGACAGGCCUCGGACCCACGCGCCAGGUCUGGAACGGCGGCGAUGGGAAGGCUGGAGGACCCCUAGGCCUGCCAAGCCGGGGCGUGAGGCGGCGUCGGGCCAGCACUGGGGGAAGUCCACCUCCUGCCAAGAGGCCCAGGCGCGGCCUGGCUGGGGAACCGGAGCAGGGGCCCGACGGGCAGGUGACCCUGGCGCCCCUGGGCAGGGCGCAUGGGCCGAGCGACAGUGAUCCCCACGCCGUGACGCCUAGCAGAGCCGCCGCGGAAGCCCCAUCUUGGCAGGGCGAGCUGCGUAGGACUAGGCUCGCCUUCCCGCCUCUGGGCCGAGAGCGCGAGGCCAGCUCCCCACCCACGCGGCAGUCGCCUCGGCCUCAGGGUGUGCCCCGUCCCCGAGUGUACGCAGAGACCAAGCACUUCCUCUACUGCUCGGGUGGCAAGGAACGGCUGCGCCCCUCCUUCCUGCUCAGCUCCCUGCAGCCCAGCCUGGCGGGGGCACGGAGACUCGUGGAGACCAUCUUUCUGGGCUCGGAUACCGGGCGGCCGGGGGCUCCCCGCAGGACGCGCCGCCUGCCCACGCGCUACUGGCGGAUGAGGCCCCUGUUCCGAGAGCUGCUCGCCAACCAUGCGCGGUGCCCCUAUGGCGCGCUUCUCCGGAAGCACUGCCCACUGCGCAGUGCGGCCACCCCAGGGGUGCCUGGCGACCUGGGGCGCGGUGGAGUAGGCAGCUGCACCCGGGAGAGGCCAGCGGCGGCCCCCGAGGAGGACGCGGGCCCGCGGCACCUGGUCCAGCUGCUCCGCCAGCACAGCAGCCCGUGGCAGGUGUACGCGUUCCUGCGGGCCUGUCUCCGCCGGCUGGUGCCCGGGGCCCUCUGGGGCUCCAGGCACAACGAGCGCCGCUUCCUGAGGAAUGUGAAGAAGUUCAUCUCUCUGGGAAAGCACGCCAAGCUCUCGCUGCAGGAGCUGGCGUGGAAGAUGAGAGUAGGCGACUGCGCCUGGCUAGGGAGCCCAGAGGCUUGCUGCGUCCCGGCUGCGGAGCACCGGCUCAGAGAGGCGGUCCUGGCCAAGUUCCUGUGCUGGCUGAUGGGCACACACGUGGUGGAGCUGCUCAGGUCAUUUUUCUAUGUCACGGAGACCACGUUUCAGAAGAACCGCCUCUUCUUCUACCGCAAGAGCAUCUGGAGCCAGCUGCAGAGCAUUGGGAUCAGACAACACUUUGAGAGGGUGCAGCUUCGAGAGCUGUCGGACGCCGAAUUCAGGCGACAUCAGGAAGCCAGGCCCGCUCUGCUCACGUCCAAACUCCGCUUCGUCCCCAAGCCCAACGGGCUACGGCCGAUCGUGAACAUGGACUAUGUCGUGGGAGCCAGAACAUUCCGCAGAGACAAGAAGGCCCAGCAGCUCACCUCGAAAGUCAAGACGCUGUUCGGCGUGCUGAACUACGAGCGGGCACGCCGCCCCGGCCUCCUGGGGGCCUCCGUCCUGGGCCUGGACGACAUCUACCGGGCCUGGCGCGCCUUCGUGCUGCGCGUGCGGGCCCAGGACCCGGCGCCCCCACUGUACUUUGUCAAGGUGGAUGUGAUGGGGGCGUAUGACGCCCUCCCUCAGGACAGGCUGGCGGAGGUGAUCGCCAAUGUGAUCAGGCCCCAAGAGAACACGUAUUGUGUGCGCCAGUACGCUGUGGUCCAGAGAGGUGCGCACGGACACGUCCGCAAGGCCUUCAAAAGACAUGUGUCCACCUUCACGGACCUCCAGCCCUACAUGAGGCAGUUUGUGGAGCAUCUGCAGGGGACGAGCUCACUGAGGGACGCUGUUGUCAUCGAGCAGAGCUCCUCUCUGAACGAGGCCAGCAGCAGCCUCUUCGACUUCUUCCUACGCCUGGUGCACAACCACGUCAUCAGGAUCGGGGGCAAGUCCUAUGUCCAGUGUCGGGGGAUCCCCCAGGGCUCCAUUCUGUCCACUCUGCUCUGCAGCUUGUGCUACGGAGACAUGGAGAACCAGCUGUUUUCCGGGAUUCAGCAGGAUGGGGUGCUCCUGCGCUUGGUGGAUGACUUCCUGUUGGUCACCCCUCACCUGGCACAAGCAAAAACCUUUCUCAGGACCCUGGUCGGAGGCGUGCCCGAGUACGGCUGCGUGGCCAACCUGCGGAAGACGGUGGUGAACUUCCCCGUGGACGACAGCGGCCUGGGCGGCGCGGCCCCUCUCCAGCUGCCGGCCCACUGCCUGUUCCCCUGGUGCGGCCUGCUGCUGGACACCCGCACCCUGGACGUGUUCUGUGACUACUCCAGGUACGCGCGGACCUCCAUCAGAGCCAGCCUCACCUUCCAGCAGGGCUUCAAGGCUGGCAGGAGCAUGCGUCGCAAGCUCUUUGCAGUCUUGCGGCUGAAGUGUCACGGUCUGUUCCUAGACCUACAGGUGAACAGUCUGCAGACCGUCUUCACAAACGUCUACCAGAUAUUCCUGCUUCAGGCCUACAGGUUCCAUGCGUGUGUGCUCCAGCUUCCGUUUAAUCAGCCAGUGAGGAACAACCCAUCCUUCUUCCUGCGGCUCGUCUCUGACACCGCGAGCCGCUGCUAUGCCCUCCUGAAAGCCAAGAACGCAGGGACGCCACUGGGGGCCAAGGGUGCCUCUGGCCCGUUUCCUCUUGAAGCCGCUCGGUGGCUCUGCCUCCAUGCCUUCCUGCUCAAGCUGGCUCGUCACAGCGUCACCUACAGGCGUCUCCUGGGGGCGCUCCGGGCAGCCCAAGUGCAGCUGUGCCGGCAGCUCCCGAGAGCGACACUGGCUGCCCUGGAGGCAGCGGCCCACCCAGCCCUGACCGCAGACUUCAAGGCCAUCUUGGACUGAUGGCUGGCCCUUCUGGCAGCAUGGGGUGGGCACCGGGACCCACAAGUCCCAUCCCCUGUGGUUCCACAUCCUGGAGGGUCGGGCCUUUCUCCCCUGGGACUCAGGACGUACGCUGCUGGCUAGGCUGCUCCCGGGAAGGGGUUGGCCCCCACGUCCUCAGGAAGCAUGGCCUGCCUACCACCACCCUCUGGUGUCGGGGUCUGUCCUUCAGCACUGACUGCAGGAGGAGGCAGGAGAGCCUGGCUGGGGUGCUGGGUGUCUGGAUGGGGAGUGUUGGGGACCUUUGUCCCCCCCUCACUGUGGGGGCUGCUGUGGUCUGGAGCAAUGGCACGUGUCCCCACGGGUGCAGGGGGUCACGUGGGUGCUCAGUGGUGGACGUGGGCUCCUUCCUGCUGCCCCACAUGCCCAGGCUCGGAGCAGUACCGCCACGGCCGGAGCCGAGCUGCUUCCGAGGUCCAGCUUCCCCUGUUGCUGGUGAGGCACCAUCCCCACCAGGCUUUGCUCACAUGCCGACCUCAUCUGUCCCCACACCCCGUGCCAGCUCCUGGAGCCCGAGUGUCCAGCAAACCCCGCCCACCACCUCCACCUCCAGACUCUUCCUGCUGGUCCCGGCUCAGCACGCGUCACCCACCUGCACCCACACGCCUCCUACCCCCUCCCCCAG